AUGGAAUCUCUACUUGCACGACUUGAGGGCAGAAGUUCUCUGAAAAAUCUCGAACCUUAUCUAUUUGCUGAGGAAGGAUUUCCCGUUCAUGGAGAUGUCAUUGAAUUCCAUGGUCCGGAAGGAACAGGAAAAACAGAAAUGCUUUAUCACCUCAUAGCCCGCUGCAUCCUUCCAAAGUCAGGAGGAGGACUGGAAGUGGAAGUAAUGUUCAUCGAUACAGACUACCAUUUUGAUAUGCUUCGUCUAGUUACCAUUCUUGAACACAGACUGGCACAGAGCACAGAAGAAAUGAUAAAACAGUGCCUGGAAAAGCUUUUUCUUGUUAACUGUAAUAGUAGCACCCACUUAAUCCUUACUCUUUACUCUUUAGAAAACAUGUUUUGCACUCACCCCUCUCUCUGCCUUUUGGUUAUAGACAGCAUAUCGGCUUUUUACUGGAUAGACAGAAGCAACGGAGGGGAGAGUUUUAACUCACAGGAGAAGAAUCUGAAGAAAUGUGCUGAAUUUCUUGAAAAGCUUGUAAGAGAAUAUCACUUAGCCCUGUUUGCAACAACACAAACAAUCAUGCAGAAAUCUACAAACUCUGCAGAAGGCUCUUUUUCUUUAAAACUUCCACAUGAAACUGAUACAGACUAUAGGCCUUACCUUUGUAAAUCAUGGCAACAAAUGGUAACCCACAGAAUAUUUUUUUCUAAGCAAUCUAACUCUGACAACAACAAAGCUUUUUCAGUCAUUUCUUGUCACAUCAAAAAAAAACAUGUAGUAAAACGGUCAUUUAGUAUUGCAGAACGUGGAGUUCAGUUUUAACUGCUCUGUUUUUAAAACAGUGGCAAAUCUCAGUGCUUAAGGCUCAGUUAGCUGUAAGUAGUUUUAGUGCCUUUUAAACUGGUUAAUUGUCUCUGGUUAAUUAAGAAUUUUUGUCACCAUUUACUUAAAAUUUAGUGAAGGGCAGAGAGCUUAAAAUUUUUGAAUUACUGUAGAAGUUCAGUCUAAACUAGUGAGGAAUGUUGAAAUUAUUUGUUUGUGGUUAAUGCAUAAAGAGAUUAACAAGAAAAUUAAAACCAAAGUCAUUUUAAACUCCUAAUAUCCUUCAGUAACGUAACCUACAUGGUAUGCAGCCAAAUGCACUGACUUAAAUUUCUGGGUCUUAAAGCUUUUCACUCCCCCUCUUCCAAGCUACAGAAAUAGGAACCUAGUUGUCCGUGUGGGAGACUGCAAAAAGGGUGAGUGUUCGCUCCUUAUAAAUACUGGUCUUGGUUCAUUCCCAGUAGCCUAGGGCAUAUGAAAUGCAUGCGCUACUUUGCCUAGAGAAGAGUAAUUUUCACAGCCCAGUAAAUAAUAGUAGUCCUGACCAUGCUUCUCCAAGUUCGCCCUCCCUCUGUUUACAUUAUCACGUGCCUGGAGAAGCAAGGAUUGCAGGUGUUUUCACCCUUACAAACACCUGGCUUGGAAGAAGUUAAAGCCAUCACAAAAAUGGAGGCCCAAUUUCCAUAACUGAAGGAAAACGAAAGACCCAGCCCUGUGUACCUACCAGUUUGUUCUGCAUACAGCAAGGAGUUUAGCCUUAGUCUUUGAAAGUGAAGGUUCUUUUUUUUUAAGACAUACGCACAGACAUAAAUUUCUUCCCUGCCCUCCCUCAUUAUUCCCUCCCACUUCUUUCCCUUCCCGCGCGCUUCCUAAGAAAGCCAGGAAUUCCGUGCCUCUGGUCUUUACUGAUAACGUAUUUGCCACAUGUAGAACAUUUGUGUGCAGGAUUUGGCAUGCAACAUGUUGCAACCCUGGCAAAGAAGAUUCAGAACUUAUGGGAAAUGCCCUACAGUUCUGGCAAGGGAGACCGUAUUAUUUAUUAACCUAGAGUGCCCUUUGAAAGCUUCAAAGUGCUUUACAAGACAGAAAAUUGCACACAGUACAUUAUAUAAUACAAAAACUUACAUUAGCUUACAAAUUUAAAUUACUCAGACAAGGGAGAAAUAUUUCUCACAGCGAUAUUUGUUCAGUCCUGUUGCACAACAUGCUUUAUAGUUUAGAUUGAACAGAUUAUUAAUAAUCUUACCAUUUAAUUUCCGGACUUCUGAAGCCAGCCUUUUUAAGCCGAAUGUAUAUCUAGAUUCUCGCAUAUAUAGUUAGGUGUGUGCACCCAGACUUCUGCAUAUAGGACCGUAUUUCCGUACUGUGGUUUAGAGAAUUGGACAUCUAUGUGAUCUGGCUGAAUUUUUCAGAGAUGCUGAGCAACUAUGUUACCUCUAACAGCAGCCAGUACCAAAGGCUUCGGGAAGAGUGUGAGAAAUAACUGUUUUCACUGGCACGUCCUCCAGCUUCCCCCACUUUGGGGUUUAGGGAGCUCCUGACCAGAGAGUUGCCUUCAGACCACAGCGUGUAAUGGCCACUGACCAGACCUAUCCUCCAUGAAUCUAUUUAAUCCAUUUUUAACCUGUUUAUCCUCCACGGCUCCACAGUGUCUUUUCACAAUGAAUUUAGUUUAAUUAUUCUUUGUGUGGAAGAACUUCUUCCUUUCUUUUCUCAUUUUACACGUCUGAUCAUUUCUUCGUGCCUUCCAGUUCUUUUUGUGUGAGACGUAAUGAGUCAACCUUCCCUCUUCAAUGUCGCUGCAGAGGUGAUUUUGCACACUUGUCAUUUCACUGGUCCUUUCUUUCCCAUCACCGCCGUUAUUUAUUUCAGAACUCUUAUAAGUGCACAAAUACAUGAAAAAACGUAACUUACCCAUUCAGCCUAGACUGAACCAAAGUUAGAUGGUUUAACAUGUGUGGACACUUACACUGGGAUUUAUUGUACAAAAUAAAGUUGCAUUUUUUGUACAAAAAAGGAGGAUGUAAAUAUAGCUAUAACAUUUUAAAGGUGAAAAUUGUAGAAAGGCUAUACAAUUUCUACUUUAAAAAAAUCAACUGUCUCAUUUUCUAUCAGAGAGUAGAGUUCUAGUGAAGAAAAAGUGCUUCAUAAAAUCAUAUUUGCUAAAAUAUGUUUUUGAGGGGAAAAAACAGUGGAAAUUAUGCUGGGAAAAAAGCUU